UCCCAGUGGUGAUGAAUGGGAGGGACUGUAUCCCCCCCCACCCCCUUCGGGAGGCUAUCUUUUCACUGUUUUAGGCCGUUUUGAAUUUCUUUUCUUUAGAAGAGGUAUUUUUAAUCAAAGUAGCUACUGUUCCUGUGAUUGGCGCACGACCAGGGGCCGAGGACACUGACGGGCGGCAAGGCUGGGCUGGUGAAAUGCAGUCCGUUUGGUGAUGGAGCAUCUGAAGGUGCGCUUUUCCCUGGUCUGCAAAUCGCUCACACUUUGAAUGAACCCAUCUUUACAGGCUUUCCCUACUGGAACGUGAGCUUUCUAGGCGUGCGUUUUCUCUAGAAUCUCUCGGAAGGACACGGCCACGGGAGAGGCGAGGGUAACUGGGAGACUGUGCGGCUCGGCGGGCUGGGCCGUCAGGCUGAGAGCUGCUGCUGGGAGGGCGUGACUGGCGAAGGCUGGAGGUUCGGCUUUUUCGCGCUAGCUGCAUCCAGAUGUGCAAGCCACUGUUCUCCAGGAAGGCUUCGCCGCGGAGCCCCGGCCCAAACGCCUUCCAGGAGGUUUGUCCCUGCCUGCGCGCCGUGCCCUGAGCUCUCAGGCAGGGAAAGCGCGCGGACAUGGGCGAGACCAUGUCAAAGAGACUCAAGUUCCACCUAGGAGAGGCGGAGAUGGAGGAGCGGUCGUUCCCCAAUCCCUUCCCAGACUAUGAAGCCGCCGCCUCCGCCGCAGGGCUCGCCGCUGGAAGUGCGGAGGAAACCGGCCGUGUCUGCCCUCUCCCCACCACGGAAGACCCGGGCCUCCCUUUCCACCCUAACGGGAAGAUUGUUCCCAACUUCAUAAAGCGUAUCCAGACCAAAAUCAAAGAUCUUCUGCAGCAGAUGGAGGAAGGACUGAAGACAGCGGACCCUCAUGACUGCUCUGCAUAUACUGGUUGGACAGGCAUAGCACUUUUGUACCUGCAGCUGUACCGGGUCACUGGUGACCAGACCUACCUGCUUCGAUCCCUGGAUUACGUGAAGAGAACACUCCGAAAUUUGAGUGGUCGCAGAGUCACUUUCCUUUGUGGAGAUGCUGGGCCCCUUGCUGUGGGAGCUGUGAUAUAUCAUAAACUCAAAAGUGAAUGUGAGUCCCAGGAAUGCAUCACAAAACUUCUACAGAUGCAUAGAACUAUUGUCUGUCAAGAGUCAGAGCUUCCUGAUGAACUGCUGUAUGGACGAGCAGGAUACCUGUAUGCCUUACUGUACCUGAACACAGAGAUUGGCCCUGGCACUGUUGGUGAGACAGCUAUUAAAGAGGUAGUCAGUGCUAUUAUUGAGUCGGGAAAGAGUCUAUCAAGGGAAGAAAGGAAAUCUGAGCGCUGCCCCCUGCUCUAUCAGUGGCACAGAAAACAAUAUGUUGGAGCAGCCCAUGGUAUGGCUGGCAUCUACUACAUGCUAAUGCAGCCAGAAGCAAAAGUGGACCAAGAAACCUUAACCGAAAUGGUGAAACCCAGCAUUGAUUAUGUGCGCCAUAAAAAAUUCCGAUCUGGAAAUUAUCCAUCAUCAUUAAGCAAUGAAACAGAUCGAUUGGUCCACUGGUGCCAUGGUGCUCCAGGAGUCAUCCACGUGCUCUUACAGGCAUACCAGGUUUUUAAGGAGGAAAAAUACUUGAAAGAGGCCAUGGAGUGUAGCGAUGUGAUUUGGCAGCGAGGUCUGCUCCGGAAAGGUUAUGGAAUCUGCCAUGGAACCUCUGGCAAUGGCUAUUCCUUUUUGUCCCUUUAUCGCCUGACGCAGGAUAAGAAGUAUCUCUAUCGAGCUUGUAAGUUUGCAGAGUGGUGUCUAGAUUACGGAGCACAUGGAUGCCGCAUUCCUGACAGACCUUAUUCCCUCUUUGAAGGUAUGGCUGGUGCUGUUCACUUCCUUUCUGACAUCUUGGUACCAGAGACAGCACGGUUUCCAGCAUUUGAACUUGGCUUUUUGCAGAAGGAUUAAAAAGGUGCAAAAAGACAACUAACAUACCCGUUGGACCAAAAGCCACCUGAUUGAUUAGUGCCUGACACAGAACCCACUGUAAACCCUAAAAGAAGAAGACGACAGGACAGAAACCUUCACAAGCCCCCUUUGUUGCAAAGACCCCCAAUUAGAGCAUGAGCGAUAGAAAUCAUGUCAUCAGCAUUCUGUGACAGCGUGUCCCUUAAAGGUGUGAAAUCUGAAUCCUUCAUCUCUAGGCUCCUUCUAGUGUGCAUGUUUCUUGGUGCUUGUCUAUAGGUGUAAAUUGAAUAACUAGAAAAGCCACACUCAUUACAUGAACUCUUAGCUGAGCACAUGUGAGUGUUAAAGGUGACAGGCACACAUUUUUGUAUAUAGUAUCUAAACUAGGGUAUCAUCUCUAUCAACACAGAAACAGUUGUGUGAUGUCUGUCUUGACCAUCAGCUAGCAGAUCUAGAUAUCCUGUGAGAAUACAUGUUAGCAUUUUCCAUGGGCAUGCGUGAGAGGCAGCCUCCCAAACCCGAAUGAAGGGCAGGUCAGUGUGCACUGCAGAGCUCAGGAAGGCACAAUUGACACCUCCUCCCUCUGUGUGUCUUGUGGUCAAUGUAAUUAAUGGCUAAGCAUUAGGAAUUCUGAGACAUUUACUCAGAUACAUAUUAUUAAAACAGAUACCUCCUUACUGUUUUCAGAAUAGCUUAUUACUAUAUAAAACAGAGUAGCUGUAAUGCCAGAAAGAUCUAUCCAUAGCCCUUCAAAAAUUUAUUUCACAUUUUGGUAAACUAUUAUAAAUUUGAAAUUAAUACAUUCCUUAUUUUUCAUCCAGUUUGAGGUGAUAAAAUAAAUUCUAAGCUGAAUUUAUACAUGUAAGAAGCAAAAUAUUUUAAAUAAGACAAUUAUUAUCUGGGUAAUUUUUAAAAUUAUUUUUAAGGGCAUUAAUUUUGACUCACAUGCGUUAGAAAUCCUGUCAUAAAUUUCAGAGUUUGGUUGUCGUUUGUGGUACAAGUAGGCUAGAUUUCCUAAGCAUGUUUUAUUGUGUAAGGGAAAUUAAUAUAUGUUUCCUGAAGGAAGCACCUGGGGCCGUCUUGUAAACCUGCAUCAAUGUGGAACUUGUACGGCCAUGAUUUUGGCCAAGGGCCCUCAGAGUAGCAGCAGUAGUAGUGACUCUCCCCAGUAUGUUUACUUAUACUUGUUUGGUAGAUACUAUUAUCUUUUUGACCAACAUGCUGAGGGAAAAAUAAAAUGACCAUAGAAUAAAUGGAGAUGAUUUUUUUUACAGAUUUCCUUUUAAGACAGGUGGAUUGACACCUUCCUGCUUACCACUAGGUAUCAACACAUGUGCAUUUCAGUGACGCCAUUGACUUCCUUCGUUAUAUCCACUACAUGUGCUGCUGUGCAUCCCAUGAGGCUGCAGCCCCAAUCCCAUGAGGUAAAGGAGAAAUGGCACGUGAACCAGGAUUUAGGGGUCACUUAUGGCCAUUUCAGAGUUAUAAAUGUUUAAAAUUAAAUUUAAGAACAUCUCACUUUUGUUUCUUAGGCUUGUACUAUGUCAACAACUGUACUCUAAAUGUGUUGGAAAGCUUAAAAUAUGUACACACAAAAUAACAUUUUGAAAUCUUAAGGGAAAACGUCAGUGUUCACAAAAAGUGUUUGGGGUUCUUUGGUUUUGUUAAUAAAAGACAGUUUUGUGGUGAUGACUUAUGG